ACCCAAGAAGAAAAGAAAGAUAUUAUCGCUCAGCUCGAAGCCUACGGUUCCACCGUUCCUCCACUGCAGCAGCGGCGGCUUCGUAUACGAUGAGUGGUGACUCUGUUCCUCCUCCUCCUCAGCCUCCGAAGGAAUCAUUCGCUCGACGGUACAAAUAUGUCUGGCCUCUUCUCCUCACCGUUAAUCUCGCCGUCGGAGGCUACCUUUUCUUGACGCCUAAGAAAAAGGUUAUCGAUUCUUCAAGUGAAGAGAUUGCUGGUAAAUCAGGUUCAGCUUCUGUUACCGUGGAAAAGCCUGCGCCUUCUGCAGUGGUUGCAGAGCCAGUGGUGGUCAAGGCACGUGAGCCUAUACCGGAGAUGCAACAACGUGAGCUCUUCAAAUGGAUCUUGGAGGAGAAAAGAAAAGUGAAACCGAGAAAUGCGGAAGAUAAGAAAAAGAUUGAUGCAGAAAAAGCCAUUCUGAAACAAUUCAUUGGAUCCAAAACCAUUCCUACUCUAUGAUUGUAUUUUUCAGUUUCUGUGUUUGAUUUGGUUUCAGUUUUUUUUUUUCUCUGUUCAAAGAUUUGGUUUAAGUUUUUAUUCUUGUGUAUAUCAUCAUA